AUGACUAGCAAAAGACGCUCGACUAGAAAGGGAAAAGUUGAUUACAAGGAGAAAAGUGAACGUGACUUGUAUGCAGACAUCGUGGAUACGUCUUCCUCAGAAGAUGAACAGCCAGUAAAGCCAGUUUGGCUUCAAGAUGACAAUGUAGAUGACGAGCAGGUCAACUUGAGCUCCGAGGAUGAGGGAGAUACUGAGCUGAACGACCUCAUUGACAAGAGCGCCUCUAAAAGGGAGGCUCACGGAGAAAGCAGUGAUGAGGAGGAAGUGGACGAUGCCACAGUGUCCCUUAAAUUAAACAGGCUACAGGAGUUCGUAAAGCAGAGCCAAGUCUACUCGGGUAUCAUUGCCGAUACUCUAUUGGAAAGAACAGAGGAGCGUCAGUCAAAGCAGAAGUCAAAGCAGCAAGAAACAGCGCCGCGAAAGAGACGCAAGAUCACAGACUUUUUUGGAAAGAAGGGUCAUCAGACAGUAGAGAGCGAGCUGUCGCAUGGUCAACCAUCGCUCCUGCGUAAUUGCCAACUCAAGCCGUAUCAGUUAGAAGGUGUCAACUGGCUGAUAACCUUAUAUGAAAAUGGGCUGAAUGGUAUUUUGGCAGACGAGAUGGGCUUGGGGAAAACAAUCCAGAGCAUUGCGUUGCUUGCCUUUAUCUAUGAAAUGGACACCAAGGGCCCGUUUCUGAUAGCAGCGCCAUUGAGUACGGUUGCCAAUUGGAUGAAUGAGUUCAAACGAUUCGCGCCGGAUAUCCCGAUUCUCAAGUAUUACAGCUCGCAAGGUCAGCGUGAACGUCACAGAAUGCUCCGUGAUUUCUUCAAGAAAAACAACGGCGAGGGAGUCAUUAUGACAUCUUAUGAGAUUAUUAUACGAGAUAUUGAUGAGAUAUUGUCCCAUCAAUGGAAAUUUUUGAUUGUGGACGAAGGUCAUCGGUUGAAAAAUAUCAAUUGCAAAUUAAUUCGAGAAUUGAAACGCAUAAAUACAUCUAAUCGUCUCCUUUUAACCGGGACGCCUUUACAAAACAAUCUGGCAGAGCUGUGGUCAUUGCUUAAUUUCAUUCUACCAGAUAUAUUCGCUGAUUUUGAGAUUUUUAACAAGUGGUUCGACUUUAGCGAUCUUGAAAUAAAUAGUCGCUCGAAGGGAUUGAAUAAAUUGAUCAAUGAUGAGCUAGAGAAGAACCUGAUUUCAAACUUGCACACUAUUUUGAAGCCGUUCUUAUUGAGAAGAUUGAAAAAGAAUGUACUGGCUGAUACGCUUCCACCGAAGAAAGAAUAUAUCAUCAAUUGCCCACUGACACAGGCACAAAGAAAAAUGUAUAAAAGUGCGUUAAGUGGACAUCUCAAACAGGCCAUUUUCAAGUAUGCCAUCAAAGAAUUUUUCAGAUUGAAUCAGAAACACAUUGGACAGGUUAGUGAUAAGUCUAUUAAGGAUUUCACAGAAUGGAAACUGAGCGACGAAGAUUCGGCGCCUUCGUCUGAUUUGCAAGCACAGAUGUCACAGCUUUAUGAAGAACACAUAUAUCGACAGGUGCUGAGCAAGAAAUUACUGAAUAUGAUGAUGCAACUACGCCAAAUAGUAAAUUCGACUUUCUUGUUUUUCUUCCCAUAUUUGGAACCCGAAGAUUUAACUCUUGAAUCACUUUUGAAGAGCUCCGGGAAACUUCAGACAUUACAACAACUAGUUCCUCCGUUGGUUAAAGCCAAACACAGGGUGUUGAUAUUCACACAGUUCGUGAACAUGCUGGACCUACUGGAGGAUUGGUGUGAUUUGAAUGAUCUGCGCGUUUGCAGAAUCGAUGGCUCAAUGGACAACGAAACCCGCCAGAAGGAAAUUGAGUCAUUUAGCAAAUCGAAUGACGAUAUUGACAUAUUCCUCAUAUCGACACGAGCUGGUGGGUUGGGCAUCAAUCUUACUGCGGCGGACUCCGUCAUUUUGUUCGACAGCGAUUGGAAUCCGCAGGUCGACCUCCAAGCCAUGGAUCGCACACAUAGAAUAGGUCAGACUAAACCUGUUGUGGUGUACCGCUUGUGCUGUGACAACACCAUCGAGCAUGUCAUCUUAACGCGUGCUGCUAACAAGCGGAAACUAGAAAAGAUGGUUAUACAGAUGGGUCGCUUUAACACUCUCAAGAAGCUUGCUCUCAACGAAAGCACUUUCAUAACUACACCAGGGCAAGCAGCAAAUACCAACAAGAAUUUGGUAAACGAGCUCUCUCAGCUACUUUUGAGUGAUGAAUCUAGUAUAGGUUUUGCUAAAGAGGGCAAUGGCAAACUGACACAAGAGGAACUCCAUGUAUUGAUCAAUCGUUCCCCGGAGACUUUCAAAAGAGAGAAAGCGGAUGAAACAUAUCCUCACAUCAAGUUAUUCGAGACAACGGCUGGUUUCGAAGGUUCUACUUAA